GAAGAUGAAGACAGAACUCCUGCCAGAGUUUCCAAUGACAACGAAGAUGAAGAUGUCGUCAUAGAUGUGGUCACUCCUCAUACCAUUCAUGCAUUUCUCAGCAGUGACGAAGAAGACGACGACCAAAGCGCUCUCAUAUACCUCCCGAUCGCACCCGAUAUCGAUGAUCCCGAACUGGACGGACCCGCGCCGCCCACUACUCCCACCCCUCGCACUGAAACUCCAACAAAGUCUCGAAGAUCUAAGACAAUAGACAUCGAUCUGAAGGAAGGGCCAAAAGACGAAGCGCAUCCACUUCUGUCUGGUUCUGGCAAACAACAAAACCGAUCGGUUGGCGGUCCGGCAGAUAAGUCACUGCUCGCCAAAUCUAAGGUUCAACGGCCCGGCGGUAAGAGAUCGGCGAACGGCUCUUCGGAUGUGAUCCCCAAUAAACGAAAUAAAACCAAAAUGAAGAUGAAGACAGAACUCCUGCCAGAGUUUCCAAUGACAACGAAGAUGAAGAUCUUUAAUUUCUAUAAUUAUAGUGACGAAGAAGACGACGACCAAAGCGCUCUCAUAUACCUCCCGAUUGCACCCGAUAUCGAUGACCCCGAACUGGACGGACCCGCGCCGCCCACUACUCCCACCCCUCGCACUGAAACUCCAACAAAGUCUCGAAGAUCUAAGACAAUAGACAUCGAUCUGAAGGAAGGGCCAAAAGACGAAGCGCAUCCACUUCUGUCUGGUUCUGGGAAACAACAGAACCGAUCGGUUGGCGGUCCGGCAGAUAAGUCACUGCUCGCCAAAUCUAAGGUUCAACGGCCCGGCGGUAAGAGAUCGGCGAACGGCUCUUCGGAUGUGAUCCCCAAUAAACGAAAUAAAACCAAAAAAUCCAAUGAAUUUUAUUGAUUGAUUUUUCACCAAACAUUUUAAUAUCACAUUAC